UGAAGAUUUCAAAGGAAGAAUUUCUUCAUAGUCGAUUAAUGAUUCAAGGCUUUAACAUAGGAGGACAAAGAGCUAUUGGAAAAAUAAGAUUGAAUUUGCUUAUCGAUGAUAUGGAAUCAAGUGAAUUAUUUCAUGUUCUUGAUGCAAAAACAACUUACAAUAUGCUCCUAGGAUGGCCAUGGAUACAUAAAAAUGGUGUUGUUUCAUCUACACUUCACCAAUGUUUCAAGUAUUGCAAAAAUGGUCAAGUUGGAAUAGUUAUUAUAGAUUUCAAUCCUUUUUCUAUAGUCGAAUCUCAUUUUGCUAAUGCCAAGUUUUAUCUUGAGGAGCCUACAGAAAAGAAUGUGAAACAAGCCAUGUUUCAAGCUACAAAGGAAAUAAAUCCAAAGCAAGAAACACAAGAGGUGACACAAAAAGAAAAUAAAGCAACUUUGCCAACAAAAAAUGAUAAAGGUAAAGAGAAGAAAGAAUAUGAAGCCAAAGCUUUUCAAUCAAGCCGUGUUCUUCACUAUGUGCCUAUGUCAAGAAGGAAAGAAGGUCAAUUUGCAUUUACUUUGAGGCAAGGCGAACCUAGGCUACCCAGGAGCCUAGGUUCGCGAGGAACCCAGGAGCUUGGGUUCCUCGCGAACUCACAAGCUGGGUUCCUCGCAGGCUACCCAGGAGCCUGGGUUUGCGAGGAACCUAGCUCGCGGGUUCGUCGCAGGCUACUUAGGAGCCUGUGCGAACCUGGGUUUCCGAGCUGGGUUCGUCGCAAGCUACCCAAGAGCCUGGGUUCCUCGCGAAUUCACAAGCUGGGUUCCUCGCAGGCUACCCAGGAGCCUGGGUUCGCGAGGAACCCAGCUCGCGGGUUCCUCGCAGGGUACCCAGGAGCUUGGGUUCGCGAGGAACCCAGCUCGCGGGUUUGUGAGGAACCCAGGAGCCUAGGUUCUUCGCGAACUCGCAAGCUGGGUUCGUCGCAGGCUACCCAGGAGCCUGGGUUCGCGAGGAACCCAAGAGCUUGGGUUCUUCGCAAGCUACCCAGGAGCCUGUGUACUAUAAUGGCGAAGAAGCCAAGAAUUGUGAUAGUUGGUGCGGGAAUGGCAGGUCUCGCGGCAGCUAACAGGCUCUACACUUCCGCCAGCUCCAAAGACUUGUUCGACCUCUGUGUGGUGGAAGGUGGGACGAGAAUUGGCGAAAGAAUCAACACAUCGGAGUUUGGUGGUGACAGAAUCGAGAUGGGUGCUAUGUGGAUCCAUGGAGCUUCUCGAUUUGCCCCAUCUCUAAUUUGCCAAAAAGCGCGGAAAGAAUAUUAUAGUGAGGAUGAGCCUAACUCGGACGAGGAGGGGAACGAUUCUGAGAUUAUUGUUUCAUUUGAUAUGAGCAAUGAGGUCUUCCAGAAGAUAUCAAUGCCAGACGAUUUCCACUCUAGUGAGUCUUACGACAGUGGUCUACACAUUCUGAAAGGAUCCUUUUCCCUUGUGCAGUGUCCCUUGUUAGCUUUUCAAGAGAAAUUGUUGAAGGUAUGGGUGAGGAAUGAAUCGGAAGUUAAUGGAGUUUGGACUCAAUUAACAAUGGUAAGGUUGUUUCCAAUUGCUAGAAAACCAUUGCUGUUUUGGAAGGAUGAUGAUAUUCUUGUGGAGUAUAAUAAUGUGAGGGAUCUGCUGUCAUACAACGUUGGUACAUGACGCAUUGAUAAUAUUCCCCGUUUUUUACGGUGACUCAGAAUUGUUCCA